CGCCGCACAUUUGCUUUCGACAUUUGGCUUCCUUUGCUCACUUGUUUUUGUACAAAACCUUUCUUUCUUCUCUUGCAUUUUUUUGUUUUCCUAUUUUGUUUUUUGAGAAGGAAGGAAGGAAAAGAUGGGGAGAAGACCGUGCUGUGAGAAAACGGGAUUGAAGAAAGGGCCAUGGAGUGGUGAAGAAGAUCAGCUCUUGACCAAUUACAUUACUCUCCACGGCCAUCCCAACUGGAGAGCUCUCCCUAAAUUAGCCGGGCUACUACGGUGCGGAAAAAGUUGCAGGCUUCGUUGGAUUAAUUAUUUGAGACCAGACAUCAAACGUGGCAAUUUCACUUCUCUUGAAGAAGAUACCAUCAUUCACUUGCAUCAUAUCUUAGGCAACAGAUGGUCUGCGAUAGCUGCUAAGUUGCCAGGGCGAACAGACAACGAAAUUAAAAAUGUUUGGCACACUCAUUUAAAGAAAAGAGUAGUACUCCACCAAAACCAAGAUGAUGAAAUCAACAAGGAAGCUUUCGUUGAUACUACUACUACUGCUGCUGCAAAGAGGCCUACCUCUCCGCAACAACAACAAUCUACCAGCAGUGGUGACGUUUCAGCGGUUACAACAUCAGGAAACAAUAACGACAUCUCCAACAACAGCAACAGUAACAGCAAAGACUCUGCCACCUCAUCAAAAGAUGUUCUUGCAAUUAUAGACGAGAGCUUUUGGUCAGAAGUCGUAUCAUCCAUGGAUUGUAACAUAUCAGGGGAUGAUGUGAAGAGUGAGACAAAGAUUGACAACAGCUGGGAGGACUCGUUGGACAGAAACCACAAGGAUAUGGGUACUAAUAACUACUCUAAACUUUAUAACCAUGACAUGGAGUUUUGGUUUGACCAUCUCACUAGUACUACUACUAGUCUUAUAGCUGGAGAAAUCUCCGACGACAUUUCUGAGUUUUGAAUUUUUCUUCUUUCGUAGUUGAGAGAGUUUUAAGAGACGUUUCUUUGCGACCCACAUGAAUAAAAGUCGUUUACGUUUCCUAUA